CACUACGCGCGCAGUAUUGUUCCUCGUUGGUAUGCGCGCAUUGACGCAUGCGUGAUAGGUAAUCGAGUAAUUCGGCGCUGAAAAGGAAGGAGCCUACUUUUGUAGCGGUACAACAACCAAAGCGUCAGUACUAGCUAGGGCGACAGCAGUAUUAACUAAAACGGCGUCUACCUAGUUACUUUGCUUUCGAGCAUCGUGACAAAGCGCAGAGUUUGGAACAUGGCUGAUAAAGAGGUGUAUGACGAUGCUGUGGAAGAAAGGGUCAUCAAUGAAGAGUACAAGAUUUGGAAGAAAAACACACCUUUCCUGUAUGACCUGGUGAUGACGCAUGCGCUGGAGUGGCCCAGCCUUACUGUCCAGUGGCUUCCAGAUGUCAGCAGGCCCGAGGGGAAGGACUACGCAGUACACCGGCUGGUGUUAGGGACCCAUACAUCCGAUGAGCAGAACCACCUGGUGAUUGCCAGCGUCCAGGUACCAAAUGAUGACGCCCAGUUUGACGCCUCGCACUACGACAGCGAGAAAGGAGAGUUUGGCGGCUUUGGCUCAGUAAGUGGGAAAAUCGAGAUCGAGAUCAAGAUCAACCACGAGGGAGAGGUCAACCGAGCCCGCUACAUGCCCCAGAACCACUGCAUCAUCGCCACCAAGACCCCCACCUCUGACGUGCUGGUCUUCGACUACAAUAAGCACCCGACUAAGCCAGAUCCCAGCGGGGAGUGCAGUCCUGACUUGCGGCUGAAAGGCCACCAGAAAGAAGGCUAUGGCCUUUCCUGGAAUCCCAACCUCAGCGGCAACUUGCUCAGCGCCUCCGACGACCAUACCAUCUGUCUAUGGGACAUCGGGGCGGGCCCAAAGGAAGGGAAGAUUGUGGAUGCCAAGACCAUCUUCACCGGCCACACAGCAGUGGUGGAAGAUGUUUCCUGGCAUUUGCUCCACGAAUCCCUGUUUGGCUCAGUGGCUGACGACCAGAAACUCAUGAUAUGGGACACUCGGUCCAACACCACGUCCAAAGCCAGCCACGCAGUCGAAGCUCACACUGCUGAGGUCAACUGUCUCAGCUUCAACCCCUACAGCGAGUUCAUUCUCGCCACUGGUUCUGCUGAUAAGACUGUUGCACUGUGGGAUCUAAGGAACCUCAAGCUGAAGCUCCACUCCUUCGAGUCCCACAAAGAUGAAAUUUUCCAGGUACAAUGGUCUCCACACAAUGAAACCAUCCUGGCCUCCAGCGGCACCGACCGGCGUCUCAACGUCUGGGACCUCAGUAAAAUCGGGGAGGAGCAGUCGGCAGAAGAUGCUGAGGAUGGCCCACCAGAGCUGCUGUUCAUCCAUGGUGGCCACACAGCCAAGAUCUCUGACUUCUCCUGGAACCCCAAUGAACCCUGGGUCAUCUGCUCGGUGUCGGAGGACAACAUCAUGCAAGUCUGGCAGAUGGCGGAGAACAUCUACAACGACGAGGAGCCAGACAACACCCCUGCAUCAGAGCUGGAGGCUCAGGGAUCAUAACCCAGCUCGGCACCGGUCUCUCCAGGCACGACACCCUGUCCCCCCCCCCCGUCCGCCCAACCCCUAACCCCGCCCUAUUCCCUGAGGUCCCAGACCCCAGCCCAGCCUGUCGUUUCCCUCUUUGGCUAAUCGAGUGCACAAGGAAGAGUCUGCUCCACGCGAA